CGCGCGGCCGCCUGGGUCCGCGGCCUCGCCAGUGCGUCUGCGCGAGCCCUGGACUCGGAGCAGCCAUGAUGGAAGGCCUGGAUGACGGCCCCGACUUCCUCUCGGAGGAAGACCGCGGACUUAAAGCAAUAAAUGUAGAUCUCCAAAGUGAUGCUGCUCUGCAAGUGGACAUUUCAGACGCUCUUAGUGAAAGGGAUAAAGUCAAAUUCACUGUUCACACAAAGAGUUCAUUGCCAAAUUUUAAACAAAAUGAAUUUUCAGUCGUUCGACAACAUGAAGAAUUUAUCUGGCUUCAUGAUUCCUUCGUUGAAAAUGAAGACUAUGCAGGUUAUAUUAUCCCACCAGCACCACCAAGACCUGAUUUUGAUGCUUCACGGGAGAAACUGCAGAAGCUUGGAGAAGGGGAAGGGUCCAUGACAAAGGAGGAAUUCACGAAGAUGAAACAGGAACUGGAAGCUGAAUAUCUGGCGAUUUUCAAGAAGACAGUUGCAAUGCAUGAAGUUUUCCUGUGUCGUGUGGCAGCACAUCCUAUUUUGAGAAAAGAUUUAAAUUUCCACGUCUUCUUGGAAUACAAUCAGGAUUUGAGUGUGCGAGGAAAAAAUAAAAAAGAAAAACUUGAGGAUUUCUUUAAAAACAUGGUUAAGUCUGCAGAUGGAGUAAUUGUUUCAGGAGUAAAGGAUGUAGACGACUUCUUUGAACAUGAACGAACAUUCCUUUUAGAAUACCAUAACCGAGUUAAGGAUGCUUCUGCUAAAUCCGACAGAAUGACAAGAUCUCACAAAAGUGCUGCUGAUGACUACAAUAGAAUUGGGUCUUCAUUAUAUGCUUUAGGAACUCAGGACUCUACAGAUAUAUGCAAGUUUUUCCUCAAAGUUUCAGAACUGUUUGAUAAAACAAGAAAAAUAGAAGCUCGGGUGUCUGCUGACGAGGACCUCAAGCUCUCCGACCUGUUAAAGUACUACUUGAGGGAGUCUCAAGCAGCUAAGGACCUCCUCUACAGAAGGUCUAGGUCACUGGUGGACUAUGAAAAUGCCAAUAAAGCGCUGGACAAGGCAAGAGCAAAAAACAAAGAUGUUCUGCAGGCUGAAACUUCGCAACAGCUGUGCUGUCAGAAGUUUGAAAAAAUAUCCGAGUCUGCAAAACAAGAGCUGAUAGAUUUUAAGACCCGAAGAGUUGCUGCGUUCAGAAAAAAUUUAGUGGAACUCGCAGAACUAGAGCUGAAGCAUGCAAAGGGCAAUCUCCAGCUGCUGCAGAACUGCCUUGCGGUUUUAAACGGGGACACAUAGGCCCCGCUCGCCUUCUGUCGAAAAGGGCUGCCUUCAACUCUGGUUUGCUUUCCUGAUGACGUCCGUCCGGCAUCUUAAGCUCACUGGGAACAGCAGACACCGCAGGCCGAUGCAUUGCUCUUCUUCUGAGAGACAGUGGCGCGGCGGGGCUCAGCGGCCCGCGCCUGACCUUCCAAGAAGCCCAAAGUUCAACCCUCUCUCUCCUCUAAGUAGCCUGUCUUAACUGCGUUUGUUCCUACGUGGCGAUUUUCUGGCUGCCAGCCUUAUUUACCUAGGAACCACUUGUCCAGUUUGACCUUCUCAGAGUAUGUCGUUCACACAAGAUAAAGGUUGCCUUUCUGGAUUGUUUUCUUCUUUUUGAAGCGCCCUGUGUUCUUUCAUGUAUCCGUGUAAGCAUCUUAAUAGACUUACUUUGAAUUAACGAACGUAGACGUUUUGGGUCAGAGUUUGUGUAAGCUUUGUAAGUGUGCUCUCUGAAGAGAAGCGGAUGCGUUAGGAUGUUUGCCUUAAACUUGUGGACUAAACCGAUAUUGUAACCGCCCAGGGCCACCGGGGCGUUUUAACUCCGCGCUCCCUGUAUCACUCUGGAACUCGGGGUAGCGAUAAUAAAUCUACUCCAGUAUUAGCUCUACA